AGUCGCACGCUUCGGAACACUAGCGUGUUGUCUGACUGAACUACGCGGUAGUGUGUACUACCUGUAUAAAACCCGUUCUUGACUACGCAAGACAUCUUUGGCUGUGAAAAAUGUAACAUAACCGUUCGUUUUCAUAGCGUGCGAUUCUCUAAAAUUACAGCAUACUUGACGUAUCAUUAGUAUUCGAAGACGUUCACGUCAGAAGUGGCUUCGUGCAUUUCGUGUUCGAGUCGCAAACUCUCGAACAACUGGGUGUGUUCGAAAAUGUUCGCGCCAUAAAUGACCACUAUAUCUUCGAAGAACAUCUAAUGCAACAUUAAUCUACCAAAACGUGGCCCGUGUGAUUUAUCGAACACUUCGAGUCAUUCACGAGUAUUCAAUUUGAAUACGGAAAAACAGGCCGGAUUCUAAUAGAAUAUUCCAGGUGUAUUUCGAGUCAGCCAUAAUCGAAUACGUCAGAACAUUGCGGUAUACGCGGCGUGCACCGAUCCGUAUUCGAGCGAAUUCACGCCCGAAUAUUUGGCUUUUCGCACAGUGCGCCAGACAGAAAAUAAUUGGAGAGAGAAAUAUCUCAUGAAAUAUGACGAUCAGAAAUGUCUGAGAACAUGAACACAACCAUAAAUGGAACACAGUCAUCGAGUUGCACUAUCGAUUCUACAGCACCAAAAAUCGGAAUAACCUUGGCUUGCAGUGUGAUAUUUGUUGUUUCCAUUACGGGAAACACCUUGAUUGGAGUAAUUGUGUACAAGACGCCAACCAUGAGAAAACCAAUCAACUUUUUAAUCGUAAACAUGGCAAUGUCUGAUCUGCUGUAUCCGAUUUUCGCGAUUCCUUCGUUGAUACAAGGGCUCUUUAGAGGUCCCUGGUUGAUCGGUGGUCCUCUUGGACAGGUCCUGUGUAAGCUGGUAAUCUUUUCAUCAGAUGUCUCCCUGGUUGUGUCUAUUCAGAGCCUUGUUUUGAUAGCAGUGGAUCGAUUUGGAGCUGUGGUAUAUCCACUCCGUUCCCCACUCAUCAGUUCAAAGCUGUGCCCGUUCUUCAUUCUCGCCACUUGGAUCGUCGCAAUGGCUGUCAGCUCGCCAUAUCUCAUGGUAUUCAAACUUGUUGAAUACCUAGGUGAGCAAGGGUGUGAGCGAAUGUGGAAUGAAGCCUUUGGAGAAAACUCGUCUUAUGCAAAUUAUAUUUUAGCAGUAGUUGUGGUAUUCCUUUAUACCCCUUUAGUGUUGAUAGGUACACUUUACAUUAUCAUCUAUUUAAAGCUCAAGUCGCAAAAGAUUCCAGGCGAGCAGUCUGACAAUGCCCGACAACAACACCAGCAAAGGGAACGAAAUGUGUUAAAGAUGGCCGUCGCUAUUGUCUUGGCGUUUGUAGUAUGCUUUUUAUCUACUAGUAUUUCUAUUUUUCUGUCGAGUCGCCUCGAAUCGUUCACAUUAUCCUGUGGUUUCCAGUACUUCGCCCUUAUUGCCAAUCUUAUGACUCACUCAAAUUGUGCAAUAAAUCCUUGCAUCUGUUUUAUUUUCAGCGGAAAUUAUCGUCAAGGACUUGGGAAUCUUUUUAGAUAGGCUCGUAACAGAUCAUCCAGCAAGCAGAGUUAAAUUUUAGGAACGUGUCGUUUGGAUGCACCAACUAAAAUCCAGUUCGCGUCAAGUAUAUAUUGUCACUUGGUUCAACGGCCAUUUUUUGAUUCACUAAUUUAGCCAAGAAGAUUCAAACAGGAGAGAGUGGCUUCACUAAAAAUAAUAUUUAGUUAACAAUUUUGUAUUAAAGACAGGAAGAUCGCAUAUUACGUAGUUUUGAUUGCUGCCGCAAUACUUCUAUAGAGUCGUCUAACAACUUGUAAACAAUAUCACUUAAAAACUUUAUUCUAAUUAAUUCGAUGAUAGAGCGGUUUUCAAUUGAGUGUCGUAAAACCAAAACCAAAACCAAUU